UACAACUUUCCAGGUAAGCUUUCGAAAUGUAGAUUAUGUUUCCACUUUUCCAUUAUUGUUGUAAAUAUUUAACUCAUAACAAAAACAUCACAUAUUAGUUUAAAGUACAUUAUUGGCAUCGUCUGACUGCAAAAUAUUUCUUUUUGAUCACCUGCAACAGCUUUUAUCUUGCACAAAAUCGCAUUGUCAACCCUGUUAACCUGUUUUCUCUAAAAAAUGUCGUCGUAUAUGAAUUCCUUGAUGAAACCGGUGGUUCCAUCAAAUGUCGAGUCUCGUUUUCGCAGUAAAGUAACUGUUGUAGGUGUUGGAAUGGUCGGAAUGGCAGCAGCGUUCUCUACUAUGCAAGUAGCUGGAGAAAUCGCAUUGGUAGAUGUUCUGGCAGAUAAAGUUAAAGGAGAAGUAAUGGACCUACAACAUGGUCAACAGUUUCUGAGCAGAUGCAAGGUUGAUGGAGGCACUGACUAUAAAUACUCUGCAAAUUCAGAUAUUGUCGUUAUCACUGCUGGUGCAAGACAAAAAGAAGGUGAAUCACGAUUGGACUUGGUUCAGCGUAAUGUGGAAAUAUUCAAAGGAAUAAUUCCAAAUGUUGUCAAAUACAGUCCAAACUGUAUUAUAGUCGUUGUGUCAAACCCUGUCGAUAUCUUGACAUAUGUUGCACGAAAAUUGAGUGGAUUUCCAGCUCACAGAGUAAUCGGAACUGGUACAAUGCUAGACUCGGCAAGAUUUCGUUUUCUGCUCGGUGAGAAAUUACAGGUGUCUGCUAAUUCUGUCCAUGGAUAUGUAAUUGGUGAACACGGGGACUCCAGUGUAGCUGUUUGGAGUAGUGUUAAUGUUGGUGGGGUUCGACUAUCUUCUCUGAAUCCGAAGAUAGGAUAUGAUAAGGAUCCUCAGCAUUUCGAUGAAAUACACAAGCAAGUUGUCCAGAGUGCCUACGACAUCAUUCGCCUGAAAGGUUAUACCUCGUGGGCAAUCGGGUUGACUUGUCGAUCACUAUGCAACGCUCUGUUAAAUAACCUUCAUACAGUUUAUCCACUCUCUGUUCCUGUCAAAGGAAUUCACGGAAUUGAAGAAGAUGUUUACUUGAGUUUACCAUGUCUUGUUACUUCGGUUGGAAUCAGUCAUGUUAUUCUUCAAGAACUUAGUUCGGAUGAAUUGAGUAAACUAAAAAAGAGUGCAGCCACUCUAAAUGAAGUAAUAAAAGGAAUCAAGUGGUGAAAUUGCUUUCAGUUGAAAUUUUGGUUGGUAGUUUGUUAGCACACCAACAGUAAAGUGAUUUCUUUUUAUUAUUAUUUAUCAUUCUUGUGUUCCACAUUGAUAACUUCAUCUGUUUUAAAAUAAGUUAAACGAUUAUUCUCCCAUAUUUGAAUGCAUACCUUUUGAAAUUACAAAUUAAAUUGUGGUCUAUUAAAUAUAAUCUUAGUUAGUUGUCUUUGUUAACUUGUCUCACCAUAAGUUAAUUAAAUUUGAUUUGUAAAAUGCUGUCAAGGUUUACAAACCCCCAAUAAAAAUUCACUUGUUGUUGCAAGAAA